AUGUCUUUCCUCUACAAGGCCACACCUAUCCUCCGCACCACAGUCCGAACCUCCACUCUCCGUUCAUCACCUCGUCUCCUGUCUACCACCGUGUCACAGCAAAAAUCUGCAACCGACUCUGUCAAGGAUGGCUUGAAGUCAGUCGACCGAGCAGUGUCAGACGUUGCUGUUGCUGGUAUCGACAAAGGAGUUGAGCUCAAAGACAAAGCGUCCGAGGUCGUUGGUAUGGAGACCAAGAAAGCCGAGGGAACUGCAUCACAAGUGUCCGGCGAGGCCAAAGGGAAGGCCGCCGAGAUCUCGGGACAAGCCAAGGGCAAGGCGGAGGAGAUCAAGGGAAAGAUGUCAUGA